UAACUUUUCUGAACUCACAGGAAUGCCCUUCGACCCAACGUACAAGCUGAGCUGCGCUGUCUCCAAUGUCAUAUGUUCCAUUGUCUUUGGGAAACGAUAUGACUAUAAAGACAAGAAGUUCCUGUCCCUGAUGAACAACACAAACAAAAUAUUUGAAUUGAUGAAUUCCCGCUGGGGACAGUUUUACCAAAUGUUCUCCUACAUCCUGGAUUAUUUGCCCGGCCCACACAACAAGAUAUUCAAAGAAAUUGAUGCUUUAAAAGCCUUUGCGGCAGAGGAGAUAAAGCUGCACCAAGUCUCCCUGGAUCCCAGCGCCCCCCAGGAUUUCAUUGACUGUUUCCUCAGCAAAAUGCAGGAGGUAAGGAGACACCAAAGCACAGCUCAUCCCCAAAUACACCUGUGCUGAUAACUUCUCCCAGUUGGCUGCUGCACUUAGCA